CGGAUUCCAAUGGCCAGCCGCAGUUUCCACGCUACCUUUAUAGCCCGCCCCUCCCCCCGUCUUCCUCAUCUUUCUCACACGGCUCGAGCUCCCCAUGGAUUCCUCUGCCAUCUCUUCUUCCUAUGGAACCUUGGCCGCCUCCGACCUCGGGGCUGGCUUCUCCGGCUGCGCCUCCUACGUCGCUUACCCCACGCGCUCUUGCCACAGAGGCACCCUGAUGGGGGGACCCCUGUCGCCGCCCGGGCCGAGAAGGUUGUUCAGCUACGGCUUCGACGAGGACGAGGUCGACGGCGAGUGCGAGCCUCGCCACUUCUUGGACUCCUGCUCGCUCUGCAGGAAGCCGCUUUCCCGCAACCGCGACAUCUUCAUGUACAGAGGGGACACACCGUUCUGUAGCGAGGAGUGCCGGCAAGAGCGGAUCGAGAUCGACGAGGCCAAGGAGAAGAGAUGGAAUCUCUCCGCGAAGGCCUCCGGUGCGAGGAGGCAAGUGGCUGGGUGAUCACCACGCUGUUGGAUCAGAGGCUAUGGGCUUCUCCCUACAAAGAGGAGAUCCCACGAGAGGAAGAGACGAGG